AUGGAGGUGACUAUCGAACAUGACAAGGUGGAUGACAUGAUCUACACAACAACCAUACGUCCAUUAAACAAAAAUCCCAUCAUAGUGGAGACUUUAUGGAAUGGUUCAGAAUUAUAUUAUUAUAAGAAGCAUCCAUUGUCUUUGUGCAGACUAUUGUCUGAUAACAAGACCAUAGUAGUUGGGGUAGGGAUUGAAGAUAUUGUCAAGAAGCUAGAGAAGGAUUGUGAUAUGAAGAUUAGCAAUUCGGUGGACUUGAGGGAUAAGGCUAGGGAAAAGGCUAAUUUUGGUGAUAUUGCUAAUAAUUGUAGUGUGGAGAAAUUGGCUAAGAAGGUUUUGGGUGAUGAGUGGACUGUCAACAAGCCUUCUAAUAUGGAAUGGUCCAAUCGAGAACAUGAUUGGCUUCUUUCCGAUUAA